ACUCCAACACCCUCCCAUUCCAUGUGCCUACAAGGAAGUGAAUUAAUUUUAGUUGUUACGGAUGCAAAAUGCCUUCCAAUGAAUAGAAGAGAGAGGGAACCGAGCAACAGAGCGAUAGUAAACAGCUCCAUUAAAGUUUUAUGUUAUAGUUUGAUUCUAUUUAAAUUAGUUUUAAUAAAUUAACUUUUAAUUUUAAUAUUUUUGUACUCUAAAAAAUCCAUGGUACACUGAUGCAUGCUAUUACUUUUGGUUCAUCACUUUGAGCGCACGGAACACCACACACACUAUUUAUUAUGUUUGCGUCCUCUUUGUUCUCAGGUCCCUCUCCGUAGGAAGAAAAGGAGGAGUCCAACAAUUUCUCCUUUUUGGGUUUCCCCCUUCGUCUUCAUUGCUCUUUGCUUCGUAGUUUCCAAUUGCUCACAAAAGCCACGGUUUUGCUUUGGGCUGGUGAAGUGUAUUUAGUGCUUUACAAAGAAGCCGUUUUUUGGUGGGUCUCUCCUCUCUUUGUAGCCAUUGCAAACCACUGCUUCAAUUCAUUGAGGGUUUUAUCGAACCCAUCAAAGGUUUGAUUUGACAAAUUAAAAUUUAGAGCUUUUGAAAGAGGCCAUAUUUUGGUGAGUCUCUCCUCUCUUUGGGGCCAUUUCAAACCAGUGCUUCAAAAAUAAGUUGUUUUGUGAGGUGGUUACAUUAAGUUAUAUAUAUGCUACUUUGAAUUGCUCUCAAAUGGUGAAAAAGGGGGAGGAAUCCAAUGAAAGCAUUGAAGAGGAGCCUCUCGAAUGCGAAGAGGCUUCUCAGGCAAGCGACGAAACCCUCCGGUUCUCCGACUGCCACUCGAACUGUGCGGCCGGGUCGGACUACGAGGAUUGCUGGAGAUCCGACGGCUCUGAUUGUUCCAUUGAGAUUGAUCUUGAGAGUGGGUUGAGAAGCCCACACACGGUUGAGAGAAAUUGCAGGAUUUGCCACCUGAAUUUGGAGGGUGGCGCCGCAGAGUCUGGCGUGCCGAUUGUGUUGGGUUGUUCUUGUAAGGAUGAUUUAGCUGCGGCGCACAAGCAGUGCGCCGAGACUUGGUUCAAAAUUAGAGGAAACAAGACCUGUGAAAUUUGCGGCUCGAUCGCAUGCAACGUGGUCGGUUCUGGUGAGACCGAGUUCAUCGAGCAAUGGAAUGAAGUGAACAGCAGUGCUAAUACCGCAGCUCCGCCAGCGACAGCGACUGAAACACGGAGAUUUUGGCAGGGCCACCGGUUUCUCAACCUCCUACUCGCGUGCAUGGUCUUCGCGUUCGUUAUCUCCUGGCUCUUUCACUUCACUGUUCCUGGUUGAAUUUUCAGUAACAAUUUCCAAGUACCUCUUAUCAUAGUAAGAUGGCUUCUCAUACAAGAACUGCGAAGAAGAUCAGUCUGAUCAGAUGGAAGAACCAAAGUCUCUUCUUUUUUUUUUUCUUUUUCUCUUUUAAUUUCCGUGAAGAUGAAGAGCCAUUCAUUAGUGCUCUAUUCUUACUGAGAGAGGGAAGGAUUAGGAGAAAAUAUUGUGAUAGAAACUAGAGAUGAACAUGACGGUUGGAACGAGUAUUUUUCAGUGUAUUUACAUGAUGUAUUUACUUCGGAGGAGUUCGAAGGUUGCAUUACUCAAUCAUAUCUUAUUUCCUUAA